AUGUCAAAUUCAACAAGUGAAGAAACAAUUUCUUCAGAUUCUUCAUCAAUAUCUCUUAAUCAAUUAAUGAAUUUUUCUCGAUAUAAUUUAGACAAUGAUCAUAUUGAAUUUGAUUAUCGUAUGGCUGAUACAUUAAGUUCAACAAUUCUACAAUUAUGGUCAUCAUCAAUUGAUUGUGAUCUUGUUUUUCUUGUUUCAAAUCGACGUUAUUAUGCACAUAGUUCUAUUUUAUUGAAUGUUUGUCAUUCACUUAAAAAUUAUUUUAUUAAUAAUAUUAAUUCUUCAAAAAUAAAAUAUACUUGUCAAUUAAAAAUUACAUCAUAUCAUGGUUUAGAACUUUUACUUAUUUAUUUAUAUACAUCAAGACUUAUUUUAAAUAUUAAUACUAUAUCAGAUUUAUUUCUUGCAGCUAGUGAAUUAAAUAUUGAACAUAUUAUUCAACGAUGUAUUCAAAUUAUAAAUGAAUCUAUAGAAAAAAUGUACGAUAAAUCUGAAAAUUUAUCACUUCUAUGGUCAUAUUUUAAAUGUUGUUUAUUAAUACCAACUAUUAAUUAUAUAUUAUAUGAACGAAUUAUUCAAGCAAUAAAAUAUUUUUAUUCUCAAAUAAUAUCUAAUAAAAAUUUUCUUUUAUUAACAUCUCAAAAUCUUAUUCAAUUAUUUGAAUUAUUAUUUCCAAAUAAUAUAUCAUCAACAAUUCUAUAUAAUUCUCUUCUUAAUUGGUCAACAUUUAAAGAUCAAUCACAACGAAAAAUAAUAAUGAAAUAUUUAAUAUUAAAAUAUAUAAAUUAUUCAAAUUUAUCAAAAAAUAAUUCAUGUUUAAUAACAAAUAAAUUUUUUAAUAUGAAUAAAAAAUUAUAUGAACUUAUAAAUUAUCAAAAAAUUAUACUUAAUCGUUUAGAUAAUUCAAUAAUUCAAAAUGAAAAUAAUAAUUCAUCUUAUUGUCUUAUUCCAUAUAAAUCAAUUAAAAUAAAAUCUUCAAAUGAACAAACAUUAUCGAUAACAGAAUCAGAAGAAACAAUAAAUUCUCAAUAUAUAUGGAAUAUUAAUGAUAAAAAAAUAACUACUAUAGCUAUAUGUUGUACAUUAAAAAGAACUCGUCAAGAAAUUAAUCAAGAUUUUCAUCAAGCAUUACAAUUAUUUAAUCAAUUUGAUUCAUUAGAACAAAAAUAUGCUUUUAUACAUAUUGGAAAAUUUCUCUAUGCAAUAGGAGAAUAUAAAACAAGAAUGUUUAAAUUUAAUAUUAUAUCUCAUAUAAUUCAACAUAUUGAUGGGCCGUAUCCUGGUCGAAGUCAAUUUGGUUUAGCAGCAACUAUUGAUUAUAUUAUACUUAUAGGUGGAUUAAUUAAUAAACAAAAAUCAAUUUCAUCAAGUAUUCUAUUUAAUUGUAAACAAGAACAAUGGUAUUCAUUACCUAAUUUACCAUUAAGAUAUGAACAAGGUAUAUUUUUAUCAGGUGUUUGUUUUAUUGAUCAUUGUACAAUAAUUAUUGUCGGAGGUUUAAUUAUGACUAGUCAAGGACCUAUUGCUAUGAGAAAAUGUUUUCGUUUGAAUUUAAAUAAAAAAAAAUGGUUAUCAAUAUCAUCAUGUAAUGAAGCACGAGGACAACCAAUUGUUACUUAUUAUUCAGAUAUGAUUUAUACUGUUGGUGGAUUACAAUAUAUUUAUGAUAAAUAUAAAAUAAUGACUAAUAUUAAUGUUAUUUCAAUUGAACAGUAA